UUCGCCGAAACACCGAGAGAGUAUAGGGUCCAAAAAAAAGCCAACAAGGCAGGCAAAAACGCCGCGCCGCCGGAGUCCGCACCCCAGAAUGGCUUCAGGAGACCUUUACGAGGUGGAGCGGAUCGUGGACAAGAGGCGGAACAAGAAGGGCAAGUGGGAGUACUUGAUAAGGUGGAAAGGCUAUGGAAGUAAGGAAGACACAUGGGAGCCAGAGCACCACCUACUGCACUGCGAGGAAUUCAUUGACCAGUUCAACAGCUUGAGACUGCACUCACACAAACGGCCCAGACUUCCAAAGAAUCGUCAAGAGCCCCUCAUCGCCAGCCACCCAUGUGCUACAGAAAGCUCCAGAGCUAGGUCUGAGACCCGAAAGAAGAAAAGGACUUGUGGCUCCGCUGUUGGGGUUAGAGUAGGGGAUGUUCUGGGCAUUGGAAGUGGAGGGUCAGGACCCACUCAGAAGCAGAGGAAGGUGGUUGUGGGACCUGGGAAACAUGCUUUAGGGGACAGAAUGAGCAAAGCCAUUACAUACAAGGCUCCUUCACUGGGGGGGCCUCACUUUGUUCCACCAGCGAGGGUUCCUCAUAAUGGACUCCAGAAUGGAGAGAUGGAGCCUCUCAUGUACAAGACAGCAGCAAGGGCGCACAGACUGCCCUUGGACAGAGUGGAUGGAGAAGUAGGAAACAUGGAUACAACUGGACAGCAGUUCACUACUGAGCUAGGCUCCCCUCUGGCCAAUGGCAAGAUGCAUCUUCACAGCUCAGUAAAGCGAAAGUUGGCUGAGGAGAAAGGAUACGUGUUUGACAAGCGGCUGAGGUACAACGUGCGACAGAACGAGAGCAACUGUCGCUUUCGAGACAUCGUGGUCAGGAAGGAGGAAGGCUUCACGCACGUCCUACUCUCCAGCCAAACGACAGACAACAACGCUCUGACACCAGAGAUCAUGAAGGAAGUGUGUCGAGCUCUGGGUAAUGCAGCUGCCGAUGACAGUAAAUUAUUAUUGCUCAGCUCCGUGGGGACAGUCUUCUGCAGUGGCCUGGAGCCGUCGUACCUGAUAGGGCGUCUGUCCACUGACCGCAGAAAAGAGAGCAGCCGCAUCGCAGAUGCCGUGCAGGACUUUGUAUUGGCGUUCAUCCACUUCAAGAAACCCAUCGUGGUGGCAGUGAACGGGCCUGCUCUGGGCUUAGGGGCCUCCAUCCUGCCCCUGUGUGAUGUGGUGUGGGCCAGUGAGAGGGCCUGGUUCCAAACUCCAUGUGCAGCCCUCCACCUGACCCCCUCUGGAUGCUCCUCUUACACCUUUCCCCAGAUCCUGGGUGUAGCUCUGGCCAACGAGAUGCUAUUCUGUGGAAGAAAACUCACAGCACAAGAAGCGUGCAGCCGAGGACUGGUGUCACAGGUCUUCUGGCCAACCACAUUUAACCAAGAAGUGAUGCUGCGUGUGAAGGAAAUGGCCUCGUGCAAUGCAGUGGUUUUAGAAGAAUCCAAAUACCUGGUGAGGAGUAUACUCAUGUCAGUCCUUGAGGAAGUGAAUGAGAAAGAGUGUCAGAUGCUGAAGCAGCUGUGGUGUUCAACCAAAGGACUAGAGGCACUUUUCAGUUACCUGCACAAUAAGGCAUAUGAGAAGUGAUCAUCCACACCCUGAAAACUGAUCAAUGUGGGUUCAAUGUUAUCAGGGGGACAUCCACGAUGAUAACACUGUGAUCACAAACUUAAGGAAACGUUGCAAAUUAAGGGUCUGUGUUUCCAUCCAUCAGCAGAGGGGAUUCUUUGAAGUUCUGUUUGCUCACAUGUCCACCGACAAUUCCUUUAUGAUCAUCUUUUGUAAUGCAACUUUAUUAUUGGACCCAUAACUGUCCAUAAUGUAUGUUCUCUAGGAGUCAAAGAGCAAAGGGCCAAAUGUGCAUUGCUUAAAUAAACACUGAAGGUUCUUCAGGGAGGUACAGUGUUUCUGUACAUAUGCGAGACUUAUGUGUUUAUGAAAUCAUCAGGAUGUAGGAAAUAAGUGUAUGUCUGAUAGCACAUGAUACAUUGAUGAAAAAUAUAUAUAUAUAUAUUUCAAGUGUGUAAAAGAGUUGCUUUCUGUAUCUAAGAUGAAUUUUUCAGGAUUGUCUUUAGUUAUUAUUGUUUUGAGUGGAAGUUUAAACCAAAGUUUGCGUAAAUAUGCUGGGUCUUACUCCUUACAUGCACAUUCCAUCCUCUCUGCAUGGACAGAAAAAAAAUAGCCACAGAUGCUCAUACAUGCUCAUGUACAUGUUAGUGGAUCACAUUUAGUGACACCUCAAACAUGUCAUCUUUUGCGUGACCAUGAAAUAUCACGAAACAUUAUACAUAAAAAAGGAAAACUGACACUUUCACACACACUUCAUCGUUCAUACUGCAAGUGUCUUUGUUACACAGAACAGACAUCUUGUUUUCCAUUAACAUAGUCAUCGUUCUCACAAUCUUCAAUGAUUUGCUUCCGUUACAUGAAAUCAAGAUUAAUGCCCAUGUGCUAAUGAGACCGUCUGGUGAUGCGUCAGUACAGGAAAUAGCAUCCUCAUAUGGAUGCACAGCAUGCGUCUUUAGUUCACCUGCAGUGAAAACAUUAUUAUUCAAAUUUUUCAUUUUAAUGGAGACAUGUUUUAGUUGAAAUUCACAUCGAGUUUUUUUGCAAACCACAAUAAGUGGAAAUGGAGAACACUGGAAGUCUCAUGUGAAUCUUGGCACUAAAUAUACAAAUGUGUCCAUUCUUAAUCAAAUGGCAUUUUGGCUUGAGUGCAAACUGGCUUUAGAUGAUUAAACGAAUUGGUGGCACAAAUCACAUGGAAGGAUUAGCAGUGGAUUGUAUCCCAUUUUGUGUGAGCUACAAAUCGUAGCCUUACAUGCAGUACUGUGGUGGUUGAUAUGUAUAACAUGGCUUCCAAGUUAUCAAUGCAGAUAGUAAAUUGUGUGAAAUGCGUGAUUGUUUUUUUGAGAAAAAAAAUCAGAUGAUGUGUUGAUGUUACAUGGCAGUCAUUUCUUAGUUGUGUAUUUUUAUUUUUUUUAGAGCACGCAAAAGAGAUGAUAAUUGCUUGAUCCUCAAGUAAUCACAUUGUGACCACUAACUGUCAGUGAUCAAUAUUGUGGAAAUGCAACAUGUCGUGUAGCUGGAGUUGUCCUUAUCUGCAUGUGAUGAUGAGAAAACAAAAUAUUACAAUAUUGCAAUGUGUAUUAUAUUUAGGAAUCUAUUUUGUUUUACCAAAAAAUAUAGAUCUGUGAAAAUUGUUUUGUAAAACUCAGAAGAUAUUUGUCCAUUUUUUGCAGGUGUACACAUGCAGUACAGAAUAAUAUAUAGAUUGUGUAGACUGUUUUGUGUAACUAAUUUCAUGUAAUAUAUUGUACAUAUAAAUGUGUGUUGCCUGUCCUAUGUACCUUGUAUUUCAGGGUAUGUUUUGUACCAACAUUGUAAGUAUUGUUAGAAAUGGUGCAGUUUAUUUUUGUAUUUAUUUGAGAUAACUGUUUGGAUGUGCAGUGCCAUGUGGUGUCCUUUGCUCCAUAAGCACCCCAACUCUCUUAAUCACCCUUUCUAAAUGAUCCCAUGAAAACUUUGAUGAUCAAAAUGGGUCAGGGAAGCAGAUCAUGUAUACAUAUACAAUUUAAAAACCAAAAUGUGUAAACACUAGUGUCACUUGGAUGUUCACCUUUUAAGUUGACAUUAUCAUGUUAAGUAUUUUGUUGUAAAUUAUCAAAGGCAUGUCAGAUAACUUAAUAUAUAAUAUUGUUGUUUACUGAGCUUUAUAAGUAUGAACAGAUAAUCAAUAAAAGUAUUUUAUUUUUUAGAUUGGAAAAUAUGAAGCAUGUAAGACUUAUUUAAUGCUCCAUGAGGUAGUUUAAUUAUUUCAUCAUCAGUUUCAUUUGUGAUUAUUGCAGUUUAAUUGCAGCAAAUAAUUAGUGGUUUGAUGAAGUAUUUUGAGGUAAUAAGUUAAGUACUUCACUAAAAUUAACAAAAACAACACACUUCCACUCAUGAAAAAUAAAACCUUUGUCAUUGCAUUAUACUGCUCCUGAAUGUAUUCAUUUAUCCUACAUUGCCAGAUAUCAGCUACAGAAAGCUCACAAAAUCAAAAUUGUCAAUGUUCUCACCUGUCAUGCAGUUUGGCCAAAAACUCCAUUAGGUUUCAGAAGUUGUUGGGAUUUGGGGAUGUCUUUUUCCUUUUUUUAAUGAAAGGGGCACUGCUUUCGCUUUUUUGACUAGACUCCACAUCUGUUGGUGAUUAACAGUUAGAAUCCCCCAGUUCUUGGCUUUAGUGUCACAUGAAGGGGUGAGAAGGACCUGUGUACUGCACAGCUUCACUGAAUGCAAAUCACUCGGGUCCACUGAGCAUUAAUCACACAGAACAAGACAGGGGUCUUUAUGUAAUUAUUCAUUUAUUUAUUUAUUUCAAUUUGUAAAAUAUUACAAACUCUGUUCAGUGUGUCACCUGAUAUAGAAAACUCUAGGAACUAUUGGUUUCGCUUUUAGACAUUGGAUCCAAAUUCUCCCCUUAGCAUGUAAUAAAAAGUUUUUAUUUAUUUAUUACAGAUGAUUUGUUUUUGAUGUGUUUUUUUCUUUUAUAACCAGAAUAUCAUGUAUGGUCCUAUGUAUGUGUAUUUCAUCAUUCAUGUCUUUUUCUUUCCUCAGCACAUCUUGGGGUGCCUUAAAAAAUCUGUCAACAAUCCAUACGUUGUGAUGGGUAGAAUGAGCCGCUUCAAAUAAAGAAACAGCACUUUCA